CUGCUACAGACUCAGUGCUUAGGAAACAGAGCAGCAGUGUGUUCCCUUUCCUCCCACCCUCCUCUUGCCUCAGCAGCAGGGAUCCUCACUCGUCCUCAGAGCCUAACAGCAGCGGCAGACAUGGUGCUGCACCACAAAGAGUUCACCAAUGCAGGCAAGGCAGCCGGGCUGCAGAUUUGGAGGAUCGAGAACCUAGAGCUGGUCCCUGUGUCCGAGAGAUCACAUGGGAACUUUUACACCGGAGAUGCUUAUGUGAUUCUCAGCACUGUUCAACAGGGACACAGCUUCUCCUACCACCUGCACUACUGGCUGGGAAAGGAGUGCAGUCAGGAUGAGAGCGCCGCUGCAGCCAUCUUCAGUGUGCAGCUGGACGACUACCUGGGUGGAAAGCCGGUGCAGUACAGAGAACUUCAGAGCGUUGAAUCAACAGCUUUCUCCAGCUACUUCAAGGGAGGAAUCACUUACAAAACAGGAGGUGUUGCUUCAGGUUUCCACCAUGUGGUCACCAAUGACCUUUCAGCUCAGAGACUCCUCCACAUCAAGGGCCGGCGCGUGGUCAGGGCCACCCAGGUCCCCUUCAGCUGGUCCAGCUUCAAUAGUGGAGACUGCUUCAUCAUUGACCUUGGAAAUAAGAUCUAUCAGUGGUGUGGAUCCAAGUGUAACCACUUUGAAAGACUGAAGGCAGCACAAGUGGCCAGAGGAAUCCGUGACAACGAGAGAAAUGGCCGCCCUGAAGUGGUGGUCAUAGAAGAGGGAAGUGAACCAUCCACACUAACCAAUGUGAGUCUAAAGUCACCUUGUCAUAAGUUCAGAGACAGGACUGUGAAUAUUCGGAGUGAAACUGACUGUCGUGUUUGUCAGGUAUCAGAUGCAUCAGGAUCCAUGAAAGUUACAGCUGUGAGAGAGGAAAACCCAUUUGUCCAGAGUGACUUGCUAUCAGAUGAAUGCUUCAUCCUGGAUCAUGGCAAAAACAAGAUGAUAUUUGUAUGGAAAGGGCAUAAGGCCAACCCCAGUGAAAGAAAAGAGGCCAUGAAAACAGCUGAGGGCUUCAUCAAACAGAUGGGUUACCCAGCAAACACACAGAUCCAGGUGCUGCCAGAGGGAGGAGAGACUCCCAUGUUCAAGCAGUUCUUCCUGGUCUGGAAGGACAAAGAUCAGAGUGAGGGUUUUGGAAAGGUGUCUGUCAAGGAAAGAAUCGCAAAGAUCCAGCAGGUGGAGUUUGAUGCCUCUAAGCUCCAUGAGUCCCACCACAUGGCGGCCAAGUACAACAUGGUGGAUGAUGCGAGUGGAGACACACAGAUCUGGAGGGUGGAGAGCAGUGGCAGAGUCCCAGUUGACACAAAGAGCUACGGACAGUUCUACGGUGGAGACUGUUACAUCAUCCUGUACACUUACGGGAAGGGGCAGAUCAUCUACACCUGGCAGGGAGCCAGCUGCACUUUGGAUGAGCUAACAGCCUCUGCGUUCCUGACUGUAGAACUGGAUCGUUCACUCGGAGGGUUUGCAGUUCAGGUCAGAGUGUGCCAAGGUAAAGAGCCACCCCAUCUGCUCAGUCUCUUCAAAAAGAAACCCCUAGUUGUUUAUAAGAAUGGUACGUCCCGCCUCGGGGGCCAGGCCCCGCCACCUCCAACCCGACUCUUUCAGGUACGCCAGAAUCUGGCAACCAUCACCAGGAUCGCUGAGGUUGAUGCCAGAGCCACCAGUCUCAACUCAAACGACGCCUUCCUCCUGAAGAUGGCUGAUGGGCGGGGCUACCUAUGGAAGGGUAAAGGGUCCACUGAAGAAGAAGUAAAAGGAGCCAAGUACAUAAACAAAGAGCUCGAGUGCAGCAGCAACAGCAUCAUGGAAGGAAGUGAACCAGAUGAAUUCUGGGAUGCACUAGGGGGGAAGACAGAGUACCAGACCUCAGAUAGACUAGAGAAUCAGAGUAUGACUCACCCUCCUCGUCUGUUUGGAUGCUCCAACAAGACCGGCAGGUUCAUGAUUGACGAGGUUCCUGGAGAGUUCACACAGGAUGACCUGGCUGAAGAUGAUGUGAUGCUGCUGGACGUCUGGGAUCAGGUAUUUGUCUGGAUUGGUAAGGACGCCAACGAGGUGGAGAGGACUGAAUCUGUCAAAUCUGCCAAACAGUACAUUGAGACUGACCCUGGUGGCCGCGACAAGCUUACUCCUGUGGUGGUGGUGAAACAAGGCCAUGAGCCCCCCAACUUCACAGGGUGGUUCCUGGCCUGGGACCCCUCCCACUGGGACUCAGUCAGCUGGAGUAUGAAAUCUAUGACCCUUUAGUACUGUUCCACCCAGGAACACUGAAAUAUCAUCCUUUCUGUAAUCACUGUGUCAAAACAAAUGAAUACAAGAAUUCAAUCAAUCUUCUUUUGGCAAUUGCAUUAAGAAAUGAUUGCUUGCUGUUACAAUGUAUGUUGAUAUAUAAUCACACACAUGAAAAAAGGCCUUGGAGUGUGCUUUUAAUCCUUUAAUGAAACUAGUGCAGUGCCUGUACUAAAUGUGCCUGUUUGCCUUGCCUGUGGUAAUGCUUCACAGAUAUACUUCUGAAUUAUUCCUUGUUAUUUGUGAGUCGUUCUCAAACAGUUCUACAAUAUACUGUCAGGUUUUUAUUGUUGCUGGAGGUUGUGUGCAGAGCUUUGUACACACAGUCUAUGGUGAACUUGAAAAACCUUUUGAAUUUAUUUAGUCACCCUGCCUGGUUUACCUUUUGGUUUUUGAUCCAAUGUAACUGAAUUUCUUUUUUCAUAUUGUUCAUGUGUAUGGCUUAUAAGUAAGUUUGAAUGAUUUACUUCAUAGCUUUUGAUCCAUUGUAUGUUGUGUGUUUCAGAGGUCUGUUAUGCAACCGACACAAUCUUCAGACCCAAGUUCACAACAAAACUAAGUUGUGCUUUUACUUUGAAGUCUAAUUGCUAAAGAGAAAGUGAUUCUAUGAUGUGUUGCUCUCAAGUUGGGCCACACACUGUUACCGUGCCUGAUCUUGAUUGUUUCAUGAGUUAUGAGUUUGGCAAAAUUGUUUAGUAUGUGCCAACAGUACUAUUUACCUGAGUAGUGCUACAGGUAAAGGUUGUGUCCAACUGGAGAACGUUGCAUUUACUCAACUGCAUCAGAAAAGAAAACACCCGACAUGUUGACGUGUUGCAGCAAAAAAAAAAAAUACAGGUAAAUAAUGAAAUGAGUGACUGGUAGGGCUGUACGAUAUGACCAAAAAUUAAACCAAAAUUAAAAUUA